AUGCUGCUCCAGCCGCGCCUGCUCCGCACCUACUCGCGGCGCGGGCACCUUCGCCCGCUGCCGCCGCCCGACCGAUGGAUUUCACCGCCUCAGGACCGCAAGCGGUUCUUCAGCUCGACCUCGGCCGGUUCCAGCACCGCCUCAGCCGGCUCCAGCGCCUUCUCCGCCCCCUCGGACGACCCCGACUUCUCGCCGCCCAGCAAGCGCCGCCGACAGCCGCUGGGUAAGCGCCCCGCCCGCCCCUGGCGCCUGCGGACCCGCCGCGGCGGCGCCGCCGCGGAGAAGGAGAACCGUCCGCCGGGGCCGGCGGUCCUCGCCUCCCCCUCGCCCUCACCGUCGCCGCGCGGCGCCGCCCGCCGCAGCCGCCGCCGCCGCCAGGGGCCGCCCUGCGGGGCGCAGCGCCCCCUACUGUGCAGCACCCCCCAGUGGCCGCCGCCGCCGCGCCGCCGGCCCCGCCGCCGCCAGGCCCCGCCGGCCGAGCUCGGCUCCCUCGUCCUGCUCAGCACCACCGUGGAGGGCGGCUCGGGGCUGGACGGCAGCCUGCAGCUCUACUCCUCGCCGCGCAGGCAGCGGACUGCCUCGGCUGGCAGCACCCUGAGCUCGCUGGAGUCAUCUCAGGGAGACUCGGAGCAGCUCCCGCCACUGCUGGGGGCCGACAGGGCGAGGGAAGGGCGGGCUGGACGGUCCUGCCCAAAAGGCGCGGAAAGGAGCGGCGAGCCGGGCUCGGUGUUGCGCAAGUCCGGCAGGGUUCUGAGGGCAUCGUUGCGGGGACCCCGCCGGGCACAAGCUCCCUUGUCCCCACGGAAAGCCGCAACCACUGCUCGGGCAGCGCUGCUUCCCGUUAACGGUGAGCCACAGCGCUCCGCGCCACGUGACGGUGCCACUUCUGACGAACCAUGCGACGAUCCAAGGAGAGAUUCAAGGAAAGAAAGCUUGCGUGGUCAGAGAGGCAAAAGCAAGAAGUACCAGCUUAUGCCAGUGGUGGUCUUGGACCCUCAAGAAGUGCCAGUGUGGCUGAUGAGCAUGAAACGCAACGAAGAGGCAGAUAUUCAACCUGCCUGCCAGCAGCCAGUAUCCCCUUUAGGCCGUCAAGGAAUCUUGGAGAAUAAACAUAAAAGUAUCAAAGUUGUUUCCGGAGAGGGAAGUACCUGUCGAAAAGCUUGCAUCAGCGGCUUCAGUGCCAGCCGGUGGGGGAGGCCAACAAGGCUCCGUCCAAAAAGGCACAGAAAUAAGAGACAGCAGCAGCCUAAUAACUCCUUUUUCAGACCACAGAUGAGGCAAAAAACGAUGAAGAAGGGUUUUCUGGAGAUGUCUGUAGAUACAAGAGAUGAUGACUAUUCACUCCUCAAUAGCUCCCAUUCCUGGGGUAGAGUUCAAGCAUCUUUGUCCUUCCAUAAGAAGAAGAAAGUUACCACAGAAGAGACUUCCUGCAACAGCAUCCUUUGUACGCCUUCUGUGAAAUGCCAGCUUUCAGGGCACCAAGCAACCCUAUCUGCUGGUAAGGCCCAGUGCUGCACUUGGUCUGCUUCCUCCAUGGUCCUGCUGGCUCCCAGGAAUUCCUGUUCUGUCCUGGAGCUAAUGCUUACAGAUGCAGAGAAGGUGUUUGGGGAAUGCCACCAGGAAGGGCCUAUCGCUUUUGAGGAAUGCAUUCCUUUAGAUAAAAUGAAAGAUUGCAAGAAAAUUGGAGAAGGGGUGUUCGGAGAGGUCUUCCAGAUAGACAGUGAGAGAGGACCCGUGGCCUUAAAAAUAAUUCCCAUUGAAGGGACUGAAAAAGUAAAUGGUGAAGCUCAGAAGAGCUUUGGAGAGAUUCUGCCUGAGAUAAUAAUUUCAAAAGAACUCAGUCUUCUGUCUGAAGAGUCUGUGAAUAGGACUGUUGGGUUCAUCAGCUUGUACUCUGUGCACUGUGUUCAAGGGGCCUAUCCUAAGUAUCUCCUGGAAGCCUGGGACAAAUACCACAAAGUAACGGGAUCAGAAAAUGAUCGGCCAGACCUUUUUGGGGAUGAGCAGCUCUUCAUGGUUCUGGAGUUUGAAUUUGGAGGCAGUGACUUGGAGAAUAUGAGGAACAGGUUCAGUUCAGUGGCAUCGGCAAAAAGCAUUUUGCACCAGGUCACUGCUUCCCUGGCUGUGGCAGAACAGGAGCUGCACUUCGAGCACAGAGACUUGCACUGGGGGAAUGUGCUGGUAAAGAAGACUGAUGUAAAGGAGCUUAAUUAUGUGUUGAAUGGGUCAACACACACAAUCCCCACAGCAGGGAUUCAUGUCAACAUCAUCGAUUAUACCUUGUCUCGGCUGGAGAAGGACGGGUUAACUGUGUUUUGUGACCUUUCCACUGAUGAAGAACUGUUUCAAGGCACAGGGGACUACCAGUUUGAUGUCUACAGGCAAAUGAAAGCAGAGAACUCCAACAGCUGGACUGACUAUCACCCACACAGCAACGUCCUCUGGCUGCACUACUUGUCAGAUAAACUUUUGAAAGACAUGGGCUACAAGAAGAGGGAAUCAACUUCUGCCAUGAGGAAAAUUAAGCAGCAGCUCAUUAAAUUCCACAAAGAAGUACUGACCUUUGAGUCUGCCAAUGAAGUUUUACAAAACAGCAGCCUCUUCCAGUGAGCAGGGGAGUGCAAUGUUUCCAAGAACUAAGUCACUGAUACUGCCUUUCUCCUUUGCUGUUUUUUAUGUAUGAUCUUUUUAAAUGUUGGCACAAUGAAGCGUUAUGAUCGGUUACCAAUGUGAAUGAUAUGCUAUCCAAAAUGUCUAAAAAACCAAGUCUUCUGCUUUAAGAUGUUUCCACAUGUACUUUUUCUGAGGGGCGAUGGCAAGGAGAGAACAGAGUUGACAUUUGAGAAGGGGGGGGCAAAGAGACUUCUACAGGCUCAACUAAUGUUUUGAAUUCCACAGAA